AUGCUGCCCACCGGCGACUCGCACGCUCAGCCGCUGCCAGCGCCGGCCGUGCGCCAGCUUGACGACCUCCCGUCCGACAUCCUGUACAAGCUCCUCGCUGGCCUCCCGGCCGGCGAUGUGGUCCGCAUGUCGGUGCUGUCGCAGGCGUGGAUCAGCCGCUGGGAGUCCGUCCCCGACCUCGAGAUUGUUAUCUUGGCUCGCCGGCGCCGAUCAAGGGCUCGACGGCCACCGUCGGUUCCAUCAGAGAUCGACCUUGACGACCGCGUCCGCGACUGGGAGUCCGCGGCGGGAUUCCUGGAGCGGUGCGCGGCCCGUGUCCGCGGCGUCAGCAUCCGCGGUAUCCCGCUGCGCCUGUUCGACCGCGCCGAUGGCUGGGUGCGCACCGUUGCAGGCAAGAGCCCGCGGUCGCUGUCCCUGGCGCUGAACAUGACCGCGCUCCCGUCGCUCUUCGCCUGCAACCCCGGCGCGCUGGCCGACCUCAAGCUGGUCACUUGCGUGCUGCCGCCACCGCCACCCGCCUUCGCCGGGUUCCGCGUCCUGACCGCGCUGGACCUCGACUACGUCCUGUUCUCCGGAGAGAAGGGGUGGGAGCGGCUGGAGGCCAUGAUCUCGUCAGCCGCGCCCACGCUGGAGAAGCUCCGCCUGGCGAACAUCGGCUUCGAGCAUGGCGCCGCCGGCGGGGCCAUCCCAGGCGCGUGGAUCAUCCAGGCGUCCAACCUCCGGUGGCUGGAGCUGCGCCUGACGAUGGCCGGCGCUGGCUCCUGGGAGCUGGGGCACCAGCCCAAGCUUGACUACGCCAACAUCACGCUGAAUGCCCACGAGCCGAGACACUACGGGAGCAUGCUCGCUGCCCUUGCUAGCGUCCGGGAGCUUGAGAUCGGCAACUUUGGCUGUGCCACAUAUCAGGAGAUGAAGACAUUCCAUCAGAUGAAGAUCUCUUAA